AUGGCUCCCACUCCAUCCACCGCCAACGAUACUGCUUACCACAUGUCGGCUAUCAAUGCGCCGCCCUUCAAUCCAUGGAACCAGACCCUCGUGCUCUACGACUCGUAUGGAAACCCUCUCUCGGGGACCAUCAACUUGCAUGAGCUCAACGUCUGGGCCCAGUAUGCCGUCCAUGCCAGCAUCGUCUGGGGUAGCCAGAUUGGCGCUUCCAUGAUCAUGGUCAUCUUGCUUCUCGUGCUUACCAAGCACGACAAGCGUCGCUCUCCCAUCUUCAUCCUCAACAUCCUGGCCCUGGCCUUGAGCGUCGUUCGGGCCAUCACCAACGCCACCUUCUACACGAGCGAGUGGUACAACUUCUAUACCUACUUCUCUGGAGAUGUCUCCCGCGUCCCGGGCUCCGACUACGCCAGCUCCAUCACUGCCGGCAUCAUGACUCUCCUGUUGCUCGUCUGCAUCGAGUCGUCCCUCUUCCUGCAGGCUUCCGUUGUCUGCGCAACUCUUUCCCGCCCUUGGCGCAUCGCCAUAAGGAUCUCGUCAGCCAUCGUUGCCUUUACAGCGAUCGGCUGCCGCAUCGCCCUGGCCGUUUGGAAUACCAGAUCUAUCUUGGGCCUGACUGCCACAGGCAUUGCUUUGCUCCCACCAUUGGCCAACAUCACCUCUACCGUCAGCAUCUGCUUUUUCAGCUUGGUCUUCUGCGGCAAGCUGGGUCUAGCCAUCAGGAACCGCCGCAAGCUGGGACUCAAGCAAUUUGGACCCAUGCAGAUUGUCUUCAUCAUGGCAGCCCAGACAUUGAUCAUCCCAGGUGUAUGCUCCACCAUACAAUUCUUCACCGAAGAUGAGAUUGGAGCCCUGUCCCCGACCGUGGUUGCCAUUUUCCUGCCGCUCUCGUCUGUCUGGGCUUCUGCCAAUACAGACGAUCACCGCCAAGCCUCGCGCGGCCAUGAUGCACACCACAAGUUCCUCGGUGGCCUCCGGUGGAAGAAGACUCCAGGCGAACGGAAGUCAAUGGCCACGCUGAACUCGUCGAUUCUCUCUGAGCAGGGUCCCAUCUCCCCGACUUCUGGGAAGACGAGCUCAACGUACAAUACGGACAAGACGUGUCUCAGUAUGGAGAGUGGCCGUCCCGACCAAAUCUUCGAAGUUGGCAAGGCCAUGAACAAAGUGUUUCCGUGA